GGGCGUGGGGGGACUGUGAGAGCCAGGCCUGGGUGGGUGGAUGUCGGGGGACCCGGGAGAUCUCUUGCAGCCAGGAACUGGGAGCCGUUCUUCCCCCAGCGCCAGCCCCCACGUCCCGUCGUGCUCGCCUUUCGGGUCCCCAUCCCUAUGGACCCCUCCACCUGGAUCGCGAUCGCAGCCCUGGCUGUUCCCGCGCCAUGGCCACGCUCGCUGCUGCCCAUCCUUUGGCCUCUUUCCUGCAGACCUGGCUAGUGGGUUCCUGCCUUCAGUCUCUUCGCCUGUUCAUCCCUUCCUCGCCCCCGCCCUUCCACUCCCACCCCGAGAGUCCCUCUCCUUCUCUGGCUCCUGUCACUUGGAACCGGUAUCAGUGCCGCUGUCUCCGCGUCAAGCCGCUUCCCAGCUAAUGCCAUCCCACAGGUGUCUACACGUCUGGCCGUUCAUCCGUCCGUCCCUCCUGAGGCCGGAACUGACCAUGCCCAGCGGCUGCCGCUGCCUAAAUCUCGUGUGCCUGCUGUGCAUCCUGGGGGCAACCAGCCAGCCUGCCAGAGCCGAUGACUGCAGCUCCCACUGUGACCUGGCCCACGGCUGCUGCGCUCCUGACGGCUCUUGCAGGUGUGACCCAGGCUGGGAGGGGCUGCACUGUGAGCGCUGUGUGAGGAUGCCCGGCUGCCAACACGGUACCUGCCACCAGCCCUGGCAGUGCAUCUGCCACAGUGGCUGGGCAGGAAAGUUCUGUGAUAAAGAUGAGCACAUCUGUACUUCACAAUCACCCUGCCAGAACGGAGGCCAGUGUGUGUAUGACGGGGGUGGUGAGUACCACUGUGUGUGCCUGCCAGGCUUCCGUGGACGUGGCUGUGAGCGCAAGGCUGGACCUUGUGAGCAGGCAGGCUUCCCGUGCCAGAACGGAGGGCAGUGCCAAGACAACCAGGGUUUUGCCCUCAACUUCACCUGCCGCUGCUUGGCGGGAUUCAUGGGUGCCCACUGUGAGAUCAAUGUGGAUGACUGUCUGAUGCGGCCUUGCGCUAACGGGGCCACAUGUAUUGACGGCAUAAACCGCUUUUCCUGCCUCUGUCCUGAGGGCUUCACUGGACGCUUCUGCACCAUCAACCUAGAUGACUGUGCUAGCCGCCCGUGCCAGAGAGGGGCCCGCUGCAGGGACCGCGUCCAUGACUUUGACUGCCUGUGCCCCAGUGGCUACGGUGGCAAGACUUGUGAGCUUGUCUUACCUGCUCCGGACCCUGCCACAAUGGGCACCCCGCAAGCGCCCGCCUCAGCUGUGGUUGUGCCUGCUACGGGGCCGGCCCCUCACAGUGCAGGGGCAGGCCUGCUGAGGAUCUCAGUGAAGGAGGUGGUGCGGAGGCAGGAGGCUGGGCUUGGUGAGUCUAGCCUGGUCGCUCUGGUGGUGUUUGGGUCCCUCACUGCUGCUCUGGUCCUGGCCACUGUGUUGCUGACCCUGAGGGCAUGGCGCCGAGGUAUAUGCCCCACUGGACCCUGUUGUGACCCAGCCCCACACUACGCACCAGCUCGGCAGGAUCAGGAGUGUCAGGUUAGCAUGCUGCCAGCAGGGUUCCCUCUGUCACCAGACCUGCCCCCUGAGCCUGGGAAGACCACAGCGCUGUGAUGGAGGGUGGCUUUCUAGCUGCCGUCCUUACCUCCUUUCACCUCAGACUGUCACCAGCCCUCAGCUUUGGUACACCCAUCCAGGGGAUUUCAGCCUCACAUCAGAAAUAUUAUUUUUUUAAAACACAGAAUGUAAGAUAGGAAUUUUAUCAAAUAAAAUUAUGAAAAUGCAA